CAUUUGUCUCGCGUAUGGUUAAUAAAUAAUAUCUUCUAACCGUGACGACUACACAAAUAGUAGAGCUGUAAUUUUCAAUCGGGGGCCAGUGUACAGAGAGUGGAGAUGAGGCAUGCCGAUGACUGAAGAGCGACCACCACAUGUACAUAUGUAUUAGGUAUAUAUUUAUAUACACGGCAAGACGUUCGAGAUUAGUGACGACGAGGACGACGCCGAGCGCAUAACCGAACCGUCGCGAACGCCGAACACAUCAAAAUGAGUGAGUACCCGUCGUGCUUCUAUUGCAUCUCCUCAUCGCCAGUGUAACGUACGGAUGAUACAUUUUCCGUGCACUAGUACGUUAUAUGUUUUUCUUAUUGGUAAUUUGUUAACCUACGGUAACAGUCGAUUUUUAUUUUGUGAUUUCUGGUUAUUGCUUUUGUCCGCUAUGUCCACGAAUCACCUUACCACGGUGAUUGUAAAUGAUGGUGUUUUUAUUUUGCACAUUUUGGAAAAAAUGCAUAUUAUUGCAUAAUAUGUUGACUAUAAAAAUUCGAAGAAUACAAUUUUUAUAGUAUAUAUCUGUUUAGUUACCAAACAUUUUUACGUCAUGUGAUGUCGAAGGGAGUUUUAGUAAAUAUAAGAAUAUAUUGGGGUCUAAUAGAAGAUCAUUCAGUUUUGAAAAAAUAUAAAACAUUAUGUAAUUAUUUCUUGUAAUAUAUUUAAACAGCGUUAGUAGUUAACACGUUGGCUACCAGACCUAUUUUCAAAAAUCUAAUCGUGUGUACCAUGAGAGUCACUGGUGUCUCUCACACGGACUUUGUUAGUGUACCAAUAGAAAUUUCAAAUAACUUUCUCUGUGUACCGAGUCCAUAUCUUUGAAACUAAAAAUCUUACAAAAAAAUGUUCUAUAUAAAUAAUUUUCUAAAUAACAGUUAGAUCACGAUUAUCCAUUUUUUUUCAUGAGAAGCACCGGUGAUACUCAUGGUACCUAGUUAAUAUAAUUAAGUGUAUUAUGCGUUGAGUAUCACUGGUGACUCUCGAUUUCUUUUUUUAUUUAUUAGUGAUAAUUUGCCAGUAUCUAGUCAAUAAUAAUUAAGUUUUGUAAGCAAUUCAUAGAUAAUAAAUAUUACCUACAUAACAACAUAGAUAUUAUCCUUUUAAUGCUAUGGUUACUGGUUAGGUACAUGAUAAUAUAAUAUCACUAUAAUAUAUUAUAUUAAUUAUUAUUGCAAAUCGCAAUAAAAAUUAUAGUUUUUUAACGACUAAAAUUUAGUCAUUUAAUAAGCAUAAUGGACUCUGAUGGUAUUCUUUCUGCUCUGGAUGACUCUGAUUUUGAAGACUCAGGUAGUGAGUACAGUCCAAGUGACGUUUUAUACGAAUCAGAUUCUGAUGAGAGUAUUAGUGUAGAACCAGAUACUGAAAAUACCCAAAAUUUAGCUCAACAGGAAAAUAGUAUCAUAUCUGAUGAAUGGUUUAAUGUUACAGGAGAUUUUCGAAAAAAUAUUAUUUUUACUGGAGACAAUGGUAUCAAAUGUAACAUUGACCAAGAAUCUAAACCUAUUGAUAUUUUUAACCUAUUUUUGAAUGAUGAAGUAUUGAAUUUGAUUGUAACUGAGACAAACAGGCAAGCUAAAAGGUACAAAAGACAAUGGAUAGACACAGACAGUUUAGAAAUUAAAAAAUUUUUAAGUAUUGUAAUGUACACAGGUAUGGUUGGUUAUCCUAAGAUAUCUGACUACUGGAGUCAACAAACUUUUUACAUAAAUAGUUAUGUACCAAAAAUUAUGGCUCGUAAUCGUUUUCAGUCAUUGCUUAGAUUUUUUCAUAUUUCUAAUAAUGAUUAUAAUCCAGGGAAUAGGUUAGGAAAAAUUCAACCUUUAGUUGAUUUAUUAAAUAAUUCAUUUAAACAAAGCAAAGUCACAGCAGAAAAUGUAGUCAUUGAUGAAACAUUAGUACCAUUUAGGGGUCGCAUUGUAUUCAGGCAAUAUAUUCCAAAUAAAGCAGCAAGAUAUGGAAUUAAAUUAUAUAAAUUAUGUGACAACAUAGGUUAUACAUAUAACUUAAGUGUGUACAGUGGUAAAGAUACUAACAGAUCUAAUAGUAAUAUUUCUUGUGCUGGUAAAGUUGUUCUGUCAUUAAUGGAAAAUUAUUUAAAUGAAGGAAGAACUUUAAUAGUAGAUAAUUUUUACACAGGUCUUCAUAUUGCUCACAUUUUAUUAGACAAUAAUACUCAUAUAGUAGGUACCCUUAGGAAAAAUGUUAAGUUUUGUCCUAAGGAUGUUUUAAAUGCAAAACUGAGAGUAGGUGAAAUAAAAGGAAAAGAAAAUGAAAAAGGUGUUGUUGUCAGUAUAUGGAAGGAUAAAAGAGAUGUAAGAUUUUUGUCAACAAGACAUGGAAUUGAAAUGUUAAAUACUGGGAAAAAAAAUAGAAAAGGUGAAGAAAUUAAAAAACCAGAAGCAGUUAUAUUUUAUAAUAAAAACAAGCAAGGUAUUGAUAUUUCUGAUCAAAUGGCAAGUUACUAUACCCCAUUAAGAAAAACUAUAAGGUGGUACCAUAAACUAGCCUUUCACUUAUUGUUAGGUACAGCAGUGGUUAAUUCUUUAAUUUUAUACAAAGAAGUAUCUGGUAAGAAUAUUCAAAUAUCUGAAUUCAUUCAAAAUAUUAGUCAAGAGUUGAGUCAGCUGAGUGACAUAAGUACACCAUCUUCACAAACUAAAAAACAUUAUUUAGUUGAAGGAUCAGAAGUCAAUAAUGGCAAUAGGAAAAAACGCCGUAGAUGUGGUAAAUGCUAUAUCAAUUUGAGUAAAGUAUUUGGGAGAGAAGAGGCACAAAAAAAAUGUAAGCAAGUAUAUACUUAUUGCUCUACAUGUGAAGACAAACCAUACCUGUGUUUAGAACAUUUUCAAAAGAAUCAUAAAUAAUCUUACAUUGUUAGUUAUUAUGUUGUUUCAAUUUAUUAUAUAGCACUAAAAGUUAUAGUGUUUUCCAUAAUUAUUUUAUGUUGUUUUAUUAUACUUUUUAUGAACUGUUAACUAUACACAAAGAAUAGUAUUUAUUUUAAUGUUACUUCAAGUCAUUUAAUAUUUUUUUUUUGUUAAUUUUGUUUGUAGUUUGAUCAUUACUUGAGAAAGAAGUGUUAUUUUAUUUUAUUUGAAUACAAAAAAAAAUUUUUCUUUUAAUUUGUUUUCUUGAUUUUGAGAGUCACUGGUGAUACCCCAAGUGAAUCAUAUAAUGAUAACACACUUAACAAUAAUUUAGUCCAAGAAUUAUUGAGAACAGCUGUUUGGAUUUGCCAGUGUGACCACGUAAAGUGGAAAAUAUGUGAGAGUCACAGGUAACUCACAUGGUAUAUCGAGAAUCGUGCAACGUGAGACACCCGUGACUCCUAUGGUGUAUGAGAGAAGUUCUUUCUUAUCGCGUCUGGUACGCUAGGAUAGUGCAUGUGAGAGUCGCCCGUGAUCUUCAUGGUAGCCAACGUGUUAAGAAUAAUGUUUUAUUAACUCGAAGACGUAUGAAUUUUUUUUUUUGUUUGUUUAUUUCAUAUUUUUUGGUAUCUUCAUAUAACAUUAAUUGCAUAUUUUUGCAUAUUCUAAGUAAGCCAAAUGCAUAUUUAACAUUUUUUAUUGCAUAUAAAUUCAGUCCUAGCUGUUUCCAAUACCUUUAUGAUGGUUAGGAAUAAUAUAUUAUUAUGAUUGACAAAAUAGGUACUGUGCAUAAUGUUUAAAUACGUUAUCGAUGAUUGUACAUAUUAUUUUCUGGAAUUUUCUAAAAACCAAUUAAAAAAAAAACGUCAACAUUUUAGAUUCUGAAUGAAGUGAUGAGUGAUGAAUGUAUUGAUUUUAUAAUAAUGUGUUUUUUUUUUUGUUUUUGUGUCUGUAUACAACAUAAUUUGUCGAAAUAAUGCUUCAAUUUCAAACUUCGGAAAGAAAAAGUGACUGAAAAACGAGAAUUAUUACGGAAAACCAGUUUUUGACAAAAUCGAUUUCUUUAUUAAAAGCUCAAAAACUUAUCACUGUAAAUAUUUGAAAUUUCCACCAAGUGUUUAUAUUAGCGUUAUCUAUACACUGUUACAUUUUCAAAAUAUUUAUGCUUUUAUUGAGCUAUUUGUAGACAACUGAAAGUUUCAAAUUUUCAGAGUUUUUUUUUUGAAGUGUCCAUAAAAAAAUGUCGGGUGCCCAAAAAAAUUUGAAAAUAUAAUACAAAAUUUCUUGUAAAUCGUUCUUAUUGUAGUAUAGUAAUGGGGGCGAUCCAAACAGCACAUGUGUGUAUUGUUUGUAUACAUAGGUCGGCGAUACUUCAACGUUUUGUGUGCGCUUGCAGACCUGUGACCGCCGAAACAAAUGUACUGAUAUAUACAGUACGACAGUGGUGUGGUGAUAUUGGUUAACCACUAGUGGCGCAACCAGGGUUUAUUCAAGGGGGGGUCCAGGAAAAUUUUUUAUUUAUUAUAUAUUGUUUUUCUGUUUUUCUGCAGGGUAACUUUAAAAAUAUGAAAUAAAAAUAAACACUAUGGCAUAAGCCAAGGGGGGGGGGCGAGUCUGGACCCGGGGUCCACUCCCCUGGGUUCACCACUGUUAACCACUCACGUGAUUUAGGGCCAAGGUGUGGUGAUGUCACCGUGAGACGGCGAUCCGACGACGGUGGAGACUGGUGUACGGGACGAUUAAUUGCUCGGAAUAAAAAACGUCAACAGUGUCGUGCUUUCACGGGUCACUGUGCAGCCGGUGCAUGUCCGCGAUCGGAUUUACAGACAUGACCGACGACGGUGCGAUGAUUAUACGCGGUACCCGUGCGGCGCCAUACGGUCCGCCGACCGACCUCUUUUACUCCUCGAAAUCCCUUCGCCGGUGAUCACCACAACACUCUGUCAUCAUAAGCGUUACACUAUAUACAUUGGCUAGCCGAACGGCGGUCGAAACGCGCGCGUCACACUCGCGCUUCAUCGUCUAAUCGUCAUUAGCAAGCGGCCCGCUUCGUGAUUGCGUUUACUGAUGCGUCUGUCACGAUCAACAGAAGCGUCGAUAAAAAAAGCGUAUUCCGGUGUAGUACGCGUAUACGCGCUCGUCCGCUUAUCAUCCGCGACGUUGCCGCUGGAGCCUAUGAUAACAGGUACGUCGGACGAGGCCCGUUUGUGGUCAUGUACCUAUAUACUGUACCAUCGUCGUGUCGCGACACGCCGGCCAUAUCGCUGAAUUGGCGAAUGGUAUUUUGUCGCUUCGCGUUAGGUCUAUAACAAUAUGAUAUUCGCCGGUUUUUCGUCCACGCUGUCGCUGCUCGUACGCACCUAACGCGGCCCUUUUUUUUAUGUUUGUUUCCUAUUCGUCCACCAUGGUCUACGUAUAUAUUAUUAUAUAAACGGCUUCGAGCCGGGUAAGACUACAUAGCUUAUACCUACUUUUGUACAUAUCGUUUUGAUUUAUUUAAAUUAUUAAUAUCAUAGACCUUAUAAGAUCUAUGAUUAUUAUACAUAAACGAAUCACACGAGUAUCUGGGAUACAUAGUAUAUUAUGUCAUAUGCAUAAAUAUGUAUAGUAUAUUAUUAGUAUAUACUAUAUUAUAUAAUAUAUUAUACCUAAUAUGGUGUUUUUACUGUUUUACGGUAUAAAGUGGUACCUAUAUUGACUCAAAAGUUGAAAAAUAUAAUAUGAAACAAAAUAUAUUUAUUAUUGUUAUAAUAAUUAAAUAUCAAUAAUAUAAAUAGUGUAAUAAAUACUGCAGCGUUUUCGAAAAAAUUGAAUCAACGUACCAUAAUUAUACUAAUAUUGUAAAUAUAAAAAAUAUAUCAUUAAAUGUAUUUAAUGGGAUAGGCUAACAAACUAUCAACUCCGUUCAUAAUAAUUAUUGUUCGUACACAAUGACAUAUUAUAAUUUAAUACAAAUUAUAUUGCAGUGACCCACUCAAUAUUAGGUUAUUAAACAGUUGAGCUGCAGAACAAUACCCACUUGUUCACAUUUUUAAAAAAUUAUCAGCUAUUCUGAUUUGACCUCUCAAUAAUCAUUUUAAUUAACUUUUUAUUGUUAAUACAUUUUUAAGUUUAAAAAUUAAAUUAGAAUAUGCGGUUUACAGCUACAUAAUUUUAUUUGAAUUUUUUUUAACAUGCAAUGUACGGGUAUGUUUGUAGGUAAAUUUUUGAUAUUUUGUUAUAAUUUAGAACUAAUACCUACCUGUAGAGACAUUUUCACUAAAAUGUUUAAAUUAUAAUUUCCAAUUCAUGCUGUAUUUUUUUUUAAAUUUUUACUAUUUUUCUUAAACUUUUAAUUAUUCCUAGUUUUUUUUCUAUACAUUUCAAUCAAAAAUGUUUCACUGAGUCAUAAAGCUUGAAAGUUUGACACUAAGGUUUUUAUAUGUUCUAAUUAUAUUUAUUUUAAAAUGUAAACCAUACAUAUUUAUAAUUUUUGUUUAUAAGCAUUUUAAGUUUAAAUAUCAACAUUAUUCGUUAAAAUCACAAACAUUUGCUAAUAAAUUCGUAAUUAAAAAUAAUUCAAAAUUGAAAAUUGAAUUCAGGGUUUUUUAUAAGUAAUUUAUAUAACGUAAUUAAAAAUCUUAAAAACACAUAAGCAUUGUUUUUUAUAGAUAAUUUAUGUUUAUAUUUGGACGAAAUUAGAUAUUUCAUGAAGU